AUGACCAACCUAUACUUUAGAAUACUAGGAAUAAAAACUAUUUAUACACAACUUAAAGCAGCAUUGUCAACAAGAAGAACUGUGCAUACAAACGAAGACAAACAACUCUACCAAAAUAUAAUAGAAAAUAGUAUUAGAACUCUAGCAACACAAGUACAAGAAGAAGAUAUACCGACAGAAAUAUCUACCUGGAUACAAAACAUAUUUAACAGAUUACCACCUGCAAACAAUCAAUUACCAGAGUUACAAAGAAAUAAUAUUGACUAUUGGCCAUUGGAUUUAUCACUAGCGAUAUUACAAAUUAACCAAUUAAUAACCCAA